AUGCUAAGACUGCAUCUUCGUAAAAACUUUGAAAUGCCCAAAAACGAACAAUACCCGGAAGAAUUUGUCAAAUUCCUCAAUGCCUCGCCUACUCCUUUCCAUGUUGUUCAAAAUAUGAAAAAUCACUUGCUUCAUCAUGGCUUCCAAGAGCUGAAGGAAGAAAAACCUUGGUCAGGCAACUUGUCCCGUGGUGGCGCUUACUUUGUUACCAGAAAUGACUCUGCAAUAAUAGCUUUUGUUUUAGGUCAAGACUACGUCGAUGGAAACCCCUUUGCUAUUGUUGGAGCCCACACCGAUUCUCCAGUAUUGAAGAUCAAGCCAAUAUCGAAGCGAAAUAACGAGAAAUAUGACCAAAUAGGCGUAGAAUGUUACGGUGGUGGGAUCUGGCAUUCGUGGUUCGACUCUGAUCUUUCCGUUGCAGGGAGAGUGGUGUACAGAAAUGAAACGAACGAGGGCUAUCAAUUGCUUUCAAAAUUGGUGGACCUAAAGAGACCGCUGCUUAAGAUACCAACACUUGCUAUUCAUCUGGACCGCGACGUGAACCAGAAGUUUGAAUUCGACAAAGAAAAUCAGUUGCUGCCAAUCGCUGGAUUAGAGGAUAAGCAACUGAAGAAAGACGCUUCAUGUGCUUCAGGUGAACCUGAAAUUGAUGACUUUUUCUCGAUCAAGUCUGUGGUAGAGAGGCAUCAUCGCGAUUUGGUUGAACUAGUUGCGAAUGAAUUGCAAAUAACCUCUGAUAUAAUUGAAGAUUUCGAACUAACCCUAUACGACCAUAAAGCUGCAUGUCUUGGUGGUUUGCACGACGAAUUUGUUUUCUCUGGUAGACUUGACAAUUUAACAUCCUGCUUCACGAGUUUGCAUGCUCUCACCGCGUCUAUGCAGGACGACAAAGAGGGUAAAUGUGUCAAGGUGGUGGCUAGUUUCGAUCACGAGGAAAUAGGCUCUUCUUCAGCCCAAGGCGCUGACUCAAAUUUCUUGCCUAGUGUCCUAGAAAGGUUGGCGACUUUGGGAUUCAACGACUCGACCCUAUCAAAGCCAUUAACCGAGGCUGAGAAAUUGAAGGUGGCCACUAGGAAAUCAUUUUUUCUGUCCUCGGACGUAGCCCAUGCAGUCCACCCCAACUACGCCAACAAGUAUGAGUCUAAACACAAACCCAUGAUUGGAGGUGGUCCUGUGAUUAAAAUCAAUGCCAAUCAGCGCUACAUGACCAAUUCCCCUGGCCUUGUGCUCAUAAAGUCUCUUGCUAAUUUGAGCAAAGUACCAUUGCAGUUAUUUGUUGUCGCUAACAACUCACCCUGCGGCUCUACGAUCGGUCCAAUAAUUGCGUCCAAGACUGGAAUACAGACACUGGAUCUGGGAAAUCCGAUACUUAGCAUGCAUUCUAUCCGAGAAACUGGAGGGGCAGAAGAUCUCGGAUGGCAGAUUGAUCUCUUCCGCGAAUUUUUUGGACAAGGAACAAAAAUCUUGGAAACAGGCUUCGUCAACCGCAAGAACUAA